AUGGCCACCAAUUUUGGUACUGGCAGCUCAAAGUCGCUGCCCACGAUUGGGCGGCACGACGGCCACAAUCACCAAGACGGCUUCUUCAACGGCGUAGCGCUUCGCCACGGAUGGUCCCGGACAUUCUCCAUCUCUCCUCAAGAGCUCGCAAUUCUCGAUUAUGACACGCUCGAGGCCAUUCUCGAGAUCAACACGCUCAAACUGCGGCCAAUGGGCGUCCGCGUCUUCGUAGAGAACCCGCCAGACUCAGGAAACUGGUCAAAGAUUCGUCCAUGGAAGCACGACGGAUCUCUCCAAAGCGUUCUCGUCCAGCAAUUCUUUGAGCGACGGCGCGUAGAGGGCAUCAUCACCCGUCUGGACAUUCGAGAUGGCGCCGACAGAGCAGCUGAAGGCGACGCGCUCAGCCUUCGAACAGUCGGCAGUCGCAUCCUCAAUCGACAUGGUGACGACGCCAAAAGCACCACAAGUACCCGACAAGGUGGAUGGUUUGGUCUGUCGAGAAACACAUCGACAAAGAGCCGCAAUACGCGUACAGCCAAUAAUACAGACGUAGAGGACGAGGAAAUGCAUACCGUUCAGCAGCCCCCUCAGCCACCGCCAAAGCCAUCCUUCUUCUCGCUACUUCGACCACACCCUCAAGUUCCCGGACAGAAACCUCAGCGCAGAUCCAUUUUCGAUUUUUUCCGUUCAAAGCUUUCCAAUUCUAAUUCAAACAAACGUACAUCUACAAAUACAGCGCAACCGUCAGACUCGAAUGCCAACGAUAGGGAAAUGGAGGAACAACAGCUCCGAAAGCGCGGUUGGAUCCCUCCAGGCCUCGCCCGUCGCCAGCGCUCGCUCAAAGAGCGACUUCGCACAGGCGACGGGGCUACGACAAGUCGCAAUCCAUUCUUUGGCAGCACCAAGAGUGUACUCAGCAGAGCUGAGCGUAAAAAGGCCGCAGCGGCGGCGAUGGAGGAUACGGAUGGACAAGAAAUGCUCGGAGGGGACGAAGAUCCGUUUGGAGACGGAAAUGGCGUCAACGCGCAUGGCCCCGAUGAACUUACCGAGCAAGACGUCGACGACUUCUUCGAGGUGGAGAGAGCGAGCGGCGUCGCUCAGACUGAAGAACGACAGGACCGCGCCUGGUCUCGAUUCAAGCCAACAAAGGAUCGCAAGAAGAAGAACAAGGCGCGCGAUGUUCCGGCUCCUGUUGCGACCCCGGGUACGCUCGGAAGUGGUGCCGCCAUUGUUCAAAAGCCUAGAGACGCGUUCCCAGAUUCGCCUCAUCACAAAGCCACUGAAGAAAUCGACUAA